AGUCUCGCAUUUUCUUUGUGUUUUGUUUUGUUUGAUUUGCGCUUCUUUUCUUGUGGAGUCGCUGCCGCUGCAUUUUCUUCUUUUUAUUUACUUCUUAAAUCCACGUUGGUAGUUAGAUUUCAACAUCAACUCGCUCACCCACCGCUGCGCAUCAUGUCCACCGACAAACUCUACGAUAUUCAGUUCCAGCUGAAGUUCACGGCGAAGCAGUUCGCCAAGAACGCCACACGCUGUGAGAAGGAGCAGAAGCAGGCGAUGAACAAGUGCAAGCAGGCGAUGGAGAAGAACAACAUGGAGGGCGCCCGCAUCUACGCAGAGAACAGCAUCCGCAAAAAGAAUGAGGCCCUCAACCACCUGCGCCUCGCCGCCCGCAUGGACGCCGUUGUGGCUCGCCUCGACACCGCCAUCAAGAUGCAGAUGGUAACCAAGAACAUGGGCAUGAUGGUGAAGGGAAUGGAUAAGGUGCUCAAGUCGAUGGACCCGGCGAAGAUCAGCAAACUGAUGGACACCUUCGAGCAGCAGUUCGAGACGAUGGACGUCACGUCGGCCUACAUGGAGGGGGCGAUUGGCCAGAGCACUGCGACAACCACCCCGGAGGACGAGGUGAACAACCUCAUGGCGCAGGUUGCGGAUGAGCACGGCCUCAACAUCCGUGAACAUCUCGAGGAUAACAUCAAGGUGAAGACCGGCGGCCCGGCGACACAGGUGGCGGCAGAGGAGAAACCCGCGGAGGACGACCUGGAGGCCAAAUUUGCCGAGCUGCGUGGACGCUAA